GACGUCAUUGAUUCGGUCUCCCUACUGCUGCGUCUCGACCGCUUCUAAAGCAGUUUGACUGCCACGUUGUGACUGUCCGUGCGUUCUGUUUACGUUUUAUUCAUCAUGUCAAAGAAAGGUUUUAACGAGAACGAUGACGAUCUUCUAGUAGAUUUAGUGAAUCAUUAUCGUGUCCUCUACGAUCAAAAACACCAAGACUUCAGGAAUGUUCGUGCUAAGAAUAGUGCUUGGAGGAAGAUUGCGGAGGCUUUGAAAAAAGACAGUAACUCGUGUAAGAGGAGAUGGAAAGACAUUAGGGAUAAUUAUUGGAAAAUUGUUCGAAGAGAGAAGUUGCCAGUCGGAUCUGCUGCACCACGUUCUUCUAGAAAAUGGCCUUUGUUGAAAAAACUGACGUUUUUGGGCGAUUACGAAAGGGAUCCGCCCUCUUACUGUGCUGUUUCAGAACCGGAAUUAAGAAACAUCGAAGUAGUGUUGGCUGAGAAAGAUGGACCAAUGGAAUUAGAGCAGCCUCUUUCAGUCCCAGUGGCUACCGCUUCCUUUUCGUCGACUAGCGAAUCACCGCCCGUCUCUCCUUCCUAUCCCGUUCACAGUUCCAGGAGGAACCCCUGGAGUGUCGUAAAGAAAAGGGAAGAAAAAGAGUUGGAAUUGUUGCAGAGCUUGGUUGAGAACAAACGGACUGAAGACGAUAUCGACCUUUUUAUGAGAAGCAUUGCGUUGUCAGUGAAGAAAUUACCACCUCACCUCAUCAACAAGGCCAAAAUAGGAAUUUUGAAAUAUGUUACAGAACUUUCAGAUUGCGCUUCACAUAAUAUAAUUAUUGAAGGACCGUCUGAAAUUUUUGAUAAAAUUAAAAUAAAUAAAUAGAAAUAUCAAAAUAUAUGUAUUAAAAUCUGUAGGUUAGGACUUUAC